AUGUUGACAGGAAAAGGUUUUAGUUUUAAUCUUGGUUUUAGUAUGGAUAAAGGUGACUAUUGGAUGAAAGGCCAAGACGCAGCGGAAGAAGAACUACGACUGCUUGAGGCCAUGGUUAGUGUGUCUACAUCCAUGCAAAAAUUUAAUCAGGUGCUUGCUAAGCUCAAUCGACAGACUGUGGAGCUUUCUAAGGAGCUUGGCACAGCAGAGAGACAAUUAAACGCCUUGUACUUACCAUUUCAAGCUGCAAUUUAUGAGAUGCAAAGCUUUAAUGACGACGACAGGAAAAGAAUGACGCUGUCAAUGCCUACAGUAGCUUCCAUAUUAACUCCGGACGCUCAACGGACGGAACUUUGA